AUGGACGAAAUAUUAACGAAACUUGCCGUUCACACUGCCACGCUGGCAAGUCGGCAAAGCAGCUUUUGCUUACAGCACGAAUUAUGCAAUGGUAAAAGACAAGUCGCCAGCUACAUUAAACAAGAUUCUACAGUUCGUAAAAUCGAUACGAGUGAACUUGAGCGUGCUCGUGAGAGUCUGGAUAUAAGUAUCAAGAUUGUUCAGCCAGCCAUUGAUCUUAUCGAGAUUAUAAGUCAACGCGGUAAUACAUCUCUCGAACCAGCAGUAGCAAGAACCUUACAGCUGCGUAAAGAGAUCGACGCGUUCGCUCAUAAGAUCACGAUGGAGACUUCGACGGCCGAGGCAGAUGAUGCAGCAAAAAUGCGUAAAUUUGACCAUAUGGCAAUGAUAAAGGACAUGCAAGCACUGACUAUCAAGAUAGAGAAAUUCGUACCAUACUUGAACCUCGUCCUGACGACAAGUGGAGCUAAUCUUGGCUGGUCCCUUCCCAAUUCUGUCAGUCCAUCACGAUUAAUGCAGGCAUCGUCUCUGCUGAAUGACACGCAUCACAAAUUCAUCAAGUCUGCUGAGCCAUCCAUUCGUGUUGGCUCUCCUUUCAAAGUGAAGCUAUAUUAUCUAUUUGCGGGCAACGUUCGCCCUAAAUCGGUUGGCGAUUUUACCUGGAAAGAGGAAUUUACAAAGUGUGAUGCCGAAGUCAUUCGAAUACGAAAUAAUAAUCACGGUAAUGAAGAAGGAGAGUUCUGUUACGAGUUAAUAUUGACAGAAGAUCUUAAUGACGGUCGAUAUCACGAGGAGUUUGAUAUGGGCGAUAGAAAGAAACAGAAAGAAACUAUUGCUAAACUAGGCAAGAGUAAUGUAAUUAUCCCCGGAAAAGUGAAAAGGAUUACUGUCAGAAACAUAUCAAGAUUAUAUUACAAUUCUUCAGGAUCAUUAUUAAAUAUAGAAGAGAGUAAAUCGCCCGUAUUAGUGAUCACUGUAAUUAAAGGAGCACCAACUAAUAGACACGAAACAUUAUCGAGUGGAGUGAAAGACAAUCCAUUUUAUGUUCUUCCUUCUGUUGCUGCUCCUGCUACGCCAGAUACGAGAACUAGGAAUUCAUAUGAUACUGAUAACGAUAAAGUUGAUACAGAAUCUACUCCGUGUAGUCCUACGCCAAAGACGCAGACACCAAGUACACCUUUGCGUGAUCCAUCUUUGAUUAACAGAAGCUAUUCUACGCCUCAACCAGUGAAAAAUCUGACGGAAAUGGAGAGUCUUAACACUCCUUCAAGAAUACCACUACCUCAGAGUGAUGAUGACAUAGCGAGUGACGAGAGUACGGUAGAGGACGAUCUGACUGAAACAGGUGGUAUAGAAAACCCAACGACUGCAACGAAAACCGAGAAUGUUACUUUGGUAGCAUCUCCUGAGCCGGUUAUACCUAAUGGUCAAAUACAAGAUGACGGUAUCGCAGAUGAUAGUACUGGUGAUAAUGAUGAUAAUAGCGGGAUGAGUGAUCCGUUGGAUGAUUUUGAAGCAUAUCGUUCCAAUCUUAAGACACUUAGUCUUUUCGAAUACAUUCUUCGAUUGAGCGCUCUCGAGAUGUCUGAGCAGAAACAGCAUCUUGAGAUAAGUGAUGAGAAAAUUAAUCUCUUCAUUAAAGACGAUGAUGGAACGUCCACUUCCACUUCUAUCACCUCAGUUGGAUCCGUUAACGACACGCCAGGUGCGAAUAGAUCGCCGCCUCGCACCGCCUCGCGAAAAAAAAUGUCAGCUUCAAAGAUGUCAAAGUCACAAACAUCGAGAAGACUCUUAUUCAUCUCGUAA